AUGUUUAUUUGCUGCAAAGCCCCCGCGAGGGGUUUCGGGAAGGGUACAAAGACCCUUUCCAAGUUCGAUAACACGAGCUAUGCUUCCAUAGCACGCAUAUCGACUAGCACACACAGAAGUGCAUUACACACGCGCAAAGCUUCAAGCUCGGCGAAAGAGCGCCAACGAGCCGAUCGCGAACAACUGACACGCCUGCUCAAAGAGUCGCCAGGCAAACGCGAUGCGCGCAACUUCUUGAAGCAGUUCGACGCACCGAAGCCAAAGAAAGGUGAAGGAAGCACCGCCCCAAAAGCAAAGCAAGGCACGAGCGAAGUCGUUCGCAAGGAUCCGGGUACAACUAGGACAGGUGUGAAUUUGGGGAAUCUCUAUCAACCCACUGUAUUCACGCGCGAACCUCUACCGGAAAAGAAAUAUGAGGAGGAAGACAAAGAAGAGCCAUUGCAUUUGGCUUUGGUCAAAUUGAGGCAGCCACAAAAUCUGGAUGACCGCACGCUCGGCGGCAUUGCGCUGACGCUGAGUCAAAUGGCGCAGCUCGGUCUAAGUACUGCUGUCGUACUUGACUGUGCGGAAUACGAUUCAGAGGAUCUACCGCAGAUCGAUGGCGCAUACGAGAAGAUGUUGAGAGAACAAGCUGCCCGGUUCGUGGCGACUUUGGAAGAAUACAAUGAGCCCGGAGCCCUACUCAUCGAGCAUGCAUUGGGCAAGACCAAGGAGCAGAAUGUCAUUCCGAGCACAGUCCAGAUUCGAGGCGGUGUUGAAGUCAAGAACAGCUUCUUGCUCUACCCUCCUAUCGAUGAUGGCGUCAUUCCAGUGGUUCUGCCAAUUGCUUAUGACAGUGACUUGAAGAAGGUUGCUGUCGAAGCAGACGACGUUGUCCUGGCACUGAUCCGGGAGUUUGCUGGAAUUGCGGCGCACGCUGAUCGCGGAGCAUUUGAGAUGUCUGAAGCAUCCAGUGGCAACAAAGAUUUGGAUGACGCUGAGCGACCCAUCCUGGACCGCAUCAUCGUUCUAGACCCACUGGGCGGCAUACCUUCUGUAAAUAGGGCCGACGGGGCUCAUGUAUUCGUCAACCUCGAAGCGGAGUAUCGCGAUAUCAAGCUGGAGCUUCAACGGUUGUCUGCUGCAGCUGGAGAUGAGGCCAAAUCUAAGCCAGCAGUGUCGUUGGGUACUGGCAAUCCUUUCUCAAAAUUCGUGGAAGAAGAAGUGGCGACGACACACGGCGGUUCGAAACAUCAUCUCGCCAACCCAGCGCCGAUGCGCCACCUAAAGAAUCUCGAUGUCGUCCAGCGUGCUUUAAGGAUACUACCACCCACCUCUUCAGGUCUCAUCCUUACUCCAACGGAAGCAGCGAGAAAGGCCAUCCCAGACGAUGACCGGAGCACGCCAUCCAAGAACCCUCUCCUGCAUAACCUGCUUACCGACAAGCCAAUGAUAUCAUCAUCGCUACCAACUUCACCAGCGAGUCGGUUCCUCGGUUCAGUUUCGCCGAACCCACCGACCUUUCUAAAAAAGGGCAUACCAGUAACUAUGGUACCGGAUCCUCGUGAGUCUGGACCUUGGCGACCACCUUCUGCGUCAAAUCCUAGCAUCGAACUAGCCGAAGAUCCACGUAUCAACUUCCCUAAGUUGGAGGACCUGAUCAAUGACUCUUUCCGCCGAAAAUUAGACGCGAAAGACUAUCUCGAUCGCAUUCGCGGUCGCGUUGCCGGUAUAAUUAUUGCCGGCGAUUACGAAGGUGGAGCGAUAUGUACCUGGGAAACACCAGCUUCGCUACGGGGUGUGAAGAUACCGUCUCAAGCUUCUGAGACCCCAGACUCGCCAUACUGGGUGCCGUACCUGGACAAAUUUGCUGUCUUGACAUCUUCGCAAGGUUCAGGCGGGGUAUCAGACAUUGUGUGGGCAGCGUUGACGCGAACUGGUUUCCCGGAAGGUGUUGUGUGGCGAAGCAGGACGAGUAAUCCGGUGAAUAAGUGGUAUCAAGAGAGGUCUACGGGAACGUGGAAUUUGCCUGGAGACCAGUGGACUAUGUUUUGGACGACGAAUGGCGUGACCAAGCGCUGGGAUGGAAACGAGUGGGAUCUCGGACAGAGCAAUAGUCUGACGAGGUGGGAAGCUUAUGUCGACGUGUGUAACGGAAUUGUACCGAGCUGGGCGGACGGAAUUAAGAGAGCUGAUUAG